AUUUUUUUAAAGAGUUUUUUUUCUUUCAGUAAAGGAAAUGCAUCACAAUACGUAAUCAAAUUAUCUGAUAAAUAAAUAGGUAAAUCUACCGACAGCAGUUUCAUCACAGGCGCUGUAACUCCUAGUUACGACUCUGGUAUCAAUGAACGCUGAGUGUUCUCCGCUAGAAGGUCUCGCGGGAAGUCCCCCGAGAAGUGAUAAUAACCGGGGCCGAUUGUGGUCGGUGAAGAACCCGCCGUCAACGCGCAUGAAUCGACCGUGUACGCAUUCGUUAUUACGCGGCCACAACGUAGGGAUCGGAGUUGUAUCACGCUACUCGUCGUAACGUAAAUAACUCUCUCUCUCUCUCUCGUGCGAUUCUGCACGUACGCACUCUUUCUUUCCAAUUCUCGCAUACUCGCCUCUGAAAGAACAGGGUAAACCUGUAUUUUAAAGGGUAAAAAAGGGCAAAAAAGACAGACGAGACCAUUUGACGAAGUGGUACGUGAUCAGUACAUUACUUUUGUAACGAGUCACCUAACAAGAAUUGGGCAACAAUUGUAUAAUUGUUGUACUUGUCACAAAUCAUCUGGUGAAGUGGAAUUUUUCCUAUCGACGAGGAGAAGUGGCAAUCGGCGAGUAUCAAUGACUAUCUCCCACAUCAGCGAGCAACAGGACCCGAAGAAGAAGGAAUGGAAGAUCAAGAGCGACUCUAUGAGACGCUGCAAGCAUUCUUCCGACGAAGAUGACGUCGACGACGGUGUCAAGCGAUUCCAUGGCGACGGACUCGUCGUCAGGAUGCACUCGAAUCACCGCGUACUGGAGGUCAUAGGCGAUGGCUGUCGGAUCAUCCUGUCGAAGAAUUCCGGCAGUGUUCACGUUAUCGGUGAUGGCUGUCGGCUUCGCGUGAACCACAACGUGGGCGACAUCGAGUACACUGGCGAUGGUGGACAGAUCCUUCUCGGACCGGACUCCUCUAAAGGAAAGGUGAAAUUCGUGGGCGACGGCGGGAAGAUAAUUCUCGAUUCCAGUCCCGAAGAAACAGACCUGAAGAAACAAAGAAGUAGAAAGACCUGCGUGCAACAAACGACGUAUUUGUGCAAGGAAAUUAUUGAAAAAAUACCAGAGUGCAAAGAUGAGCACAGGGCAUCGAAUCAAGAGGAUCUGGACAAUAUCUUGAACGAUGCGAAGGAAAGGAGCCAGGGGAAGUACGGGAAGCGCAACGAGGAAACACGGAAAUCCUCGUGGCAUCCGACCGUUACGAAGAUCAUCACGAAGAUCCAAAGCGACGGUCAAUGCGUAACGAAACGCUUCGGUGAUUCUUCGUUGAUCGUUAAUUCCCGCGGUCGUCCUGCGAAAAGUGUGUCGAGAACUUCGGGAACCAGUGUCGAGCUUAAGUGAUGUAACCGGAGUUUCUUAGGCGGUGCUACUAUAGAAACGUCUAUCCUUAGAAAAAUAAACGAUUAGGCGCUCAGCAGUUGGCUGCGCAUAAUUUCCACUGAAAGCUCUUCUAUCUCCAAAUGUACAAAUCGUUAGGAAUUAUUCAAAUUUUACUAGAAAUUUUGGGAAGCUCACUGCAACAAGGUCGAGAUUAGUUGUAUUUCGAAAUUGUGUGACAGCGGAAGUAACUAAUAGAUACUUGGAUUUGUUAUUAAUUUUAUUAUAUUUCCUGUCUUUGUGAUAUUUUUAAAUUAUUAUUUAAGAAAUACCACUUACGUAUUCUCACGUCAUUAGCUAUAAAAAUGUUCCUCGCUUUAUGAAAUAAAUUAUUUAAGAGAAUUAUUUUUUGAACUCUCUGUUUUCUGCGCAGAAUUACGAACAUCUGACAUUUUUUAAUUAAUAUUUAAGAAAUAUCGCUAUUUACGUAACAUUACACAAUGUUACCAGGUUAUUAGCCUAUAAAAAUAUGUUCAUUGUUUUGUGAAAUAUAUUAUUUAAGAGAAUUAUUUUUUGUACUGUCUUCUCUACAAAAUUACGAACGUCAAGCUAUCAUUAACAUAAAAAUUACAUUUGACGUAAAUAUGAAAAAUAGGACUUUUAAAUGACUAUAAUUAACGCUAACUGUAUACUGGCUAAUAUACUGUUCACGCAAAUUAAUCGUUGAGCAAAUCUCUCUUUUCAUUUUCGCUUUUUCUAAUUACGUGUCCUAAUUUUCAAAUAAAAAUUUAUUAAUCAUAAGUAAUAGAGAAUUUUUAUCAAGAUAAAUUAUUUAUAUAUU